GAGAGAGAGAGAGAGAGAGAGAGAUGGGGAUGAACAUGCAUUUAGUGGUGGGUUUGAUGGUGUUGGUAGUUGCGACGAGAAUGUGGAACAAGGGGGGAGUAGUGGUGGUGUCGGGGCAGUGCCAAGGAGACCUGCCUGGACUGAUGGCACAAUGCCCCAAGUACGUAGGCAGGACAGGGCCUCAGGUUGAGCCAUCUAAGGAGUGCUGUGAUGUAGUGAAGACAGCGGAUGUAGCAUGCGUGUGCAAGUACAUUACUAAGGAAAUUGAACAGAUCAUUAGCAUGGAGAAAGUUGUCUUUGUUGCUCAGUCCUGCGGCAAACCACUUGCCCACGGCUCCAAAUGUGGAAGUUACACAGUUCCAUGAAGUUAAUAGAAGAGACAUUAU